AUGUCAGCCUCGGAACCCAUUAAGUACCAAUUAUGGCACUACAAUCCAUCCGUAGCCGGCGGCAUCAUUGGUGCUCUUGCCUUCUUCUGUCUCACUGGAUUUCAUUGUUUUCGGCUCAUAAAGAAUCGUACCUGGUUCUGUAUACCGUUUACUAUUGGAGGGCUAGCAACUAUCGGCUAUGCCGGCCGUACUGCAGCUCACAGCAACCUCGAGAACAAGAACCCGUAUAUCAUUCAAUCUGUCCUCAUCCUUAUCGCACCCAUCCUGUUCGCAGCGUCAGUUUAUAUGAUCUUAAGUCGUCUUGUUACACGUACUGAAUCCGAUUCACUUUCAAUCAUUCGCCCGUCUCGCGUUACAAAGAUCUUUGUCACGGGCGAUGUUCUCUGCUUCUUCAUACAAUCUGGUGGUGCCGGUAUGCUUGUCCAAGCAAAGGAUCAAGAUGCCGUUAAGAGAGGCGAGAACAUCAUUCUUGGCGGUUUGAUGCUUCAGAUCUUGGUCUUCGGUUUUUUCGUUGUGGUUGCCGGCGUAUGGCACCAUAGGUUAGAGGCUUACACAAUAGCAUCGACGAGGGUUUCAGAGAUUCCAUGGCAGAGGUAUAUCAGGCUGCUGUAUGCUGCAAGCGCUUGUAUCACAGUUCGAAACACCUGCCGUGUAGUGGAGUAUGCUAUGGGUCGAGUAUAUAGUCUGAAAUACCCUCUCUGA